AUGGAGCGAGAUGCGAGGAUUGAGCCGGUUGAUCAGCGGUGCACCACAAUCAUCUUGAGAGGCUUGAAUAGGCAAGUCACUAGAGAGAUGAUGACGGCGUUGCUGAAUGACACAGCACCUCGUUCCUGGGAAAGGUCCAGGUAUGAUUACAUCUAUGUUCCGUGGACAACGGAUGGUACAUCUAAUAUUGGCUUGGCGUUUGCAAAUUUUGAGUCACCAGCAGCUUGCCAGGAGUAUAUGGUAACUGUGAAUCAGCGCCGUUCUUUGGCGAAGCUCUCGGAAUACCACGUGCGAUCUGUUGGUAUGGCGGCCAUUCAAGGUCGUGGCGCGAACCUCUCUGCGGUGAUUACCAAGCGCGGCUCGGAGGCCUUGACGGGUUUCGAUGCGCCACUGGUUUUCAUGAAUGGACAGCGGAGUUCUUUGCGUUCCGUCGUGGAGAGGGAGGUCGCAGGGCACUUGGCAGCCAUUGCGCUGCAGAACUUCCCUCUCGAGCGCGUCGGCUGGGUUCAGCCCGCCUUGCCCCUGCCUCGUGGUCUCGGCGCUGGUGCUCCGACAGGACCCGGGAGAACAGGAUCCGAGUUUCGGGGCGUUGCGGGUGUUCCACAACGAUGCGUGGAGCCUGCGGCGGCCUUUCAGCGAACGCCCUACGCAGCUUCCCAGAUGUUGGCGCUCCCUCCGCCAACCAACUCAUCGCUGGAGGGGAAAGGUGCUCCAGGCGCAAUGCAGGACCAGACCGUGGCUGGAUAUGGUGCGGCACUUGCAACAAGGCCCGAUCAAAUGCCUUUCCAUCCACGCGUUCGGGUGGAGACGACCUCCACUGCUGGAGCACAGGCAGUUACUCGACUUAUCUUCGAUCUGUGA